AUGCCUCAUGACCCUACUGCCGGUACAAUUCGACGAAAGCAAAAAUACACCAUUAAGAAUGUCGAGGCCUGGGGUGAACGCCACGGACGACCUGCAGCACACGACCCUUCUGGACGCGCGUUGUGGAAGCGACCAUCCGAUGGUAGUUUAGUGUAUCUGACCUGCCCAGUUUCCGGCUGUGGAAAGGCCGACUUUGUGACGCUCCAUGGUUUUAUGUGCCAUUUGACAAAGAAGCAUAAAGAUCGCAGUCUGGGUAGUCAAUCAAGGGCGUUGGAAGUUUGCGGGAUCGUCUAUGACCCUAAUGCACCCCUUCCGCCAGUGUCGACUGUACAGCGUGCGUCGACCGAAGAAAGUCGCGGUGACUCGGCCCCUACAGACCCUGAAGGUUACCCACAAGAGAUGGACUACUCUUCCGCAUCGGAUGAUGAGGAGAGCCGGAAGAAUCCCGUGAAGACAGAGGCGGCAGAUCGGACAUUACCUGUACCGACAGUCCCUUUCCCGCACCCUGAGGAGCCCUCGAAAGCACGGAAGCUCAAUAAUUCUACAAAGCAGUCGAUAUCCUCCAUAAUUGAUCGUGACCCGGAAGAUGAGCCCCGGGAGCGUUUAGUUUCUAUCCCCCCUCGCCCAGUCGAGGCCCUAUCGCGAGCCUCACCGGAGCAAAAGCCCUCUAUUCCAAAUGAAGCCGAGGUGUCUCGGCCUGAUGAACGAAAUCAGGAACCCAAUGAGUCAAAGGAGACCACCGAGUCAAAAUAA